AUGUUUUCCGCAGAUGAGGAGGUGAAGGAGCUGCGUGAGGAGCAGGUGUCCUUCAGCGUGGAGGCGCUGAUGUCGGACAGGAGGCCGCACAAACGGACGGACACAAAGACACGUUACUGUCUGAAGAAGGAACAAGCGCUCAGCCUGGAUCACUUCACCUUUGCAUUGAGUUCUGCUGAAUUUCAGCCUCAUUCAAAUCUGCUGUCCUCUGUAGGGCAGCUCAGUCCUGCGGUCUGCUCCUUGAGGAAGCACAAAUCCAAGCGCAAGCCUCGCACUCCCUUCACCACGACACAGCUCCUGGCCCUGGAGAGGAAGUUUCAUCAGAAACGGUACCUGUCCAUCGCUGAGCGUGCAGAGUUCUCCUCUUCUCUGUCACUGUCUGAAACACAGGUCAAGAUCUGGUUCCAGAACCGCCGGGCUAAAGCCAAGAGGCUUCAGGAGGCCGAGGUGGAAAAACUCAAAAUAGCUGCAGGUCUAAAAGCUGUUUUUCACCCGGGCUUCUCAUCUUUGGUAUUCCUCCCCGGUGUUAACCUGCCAGCUGGAUCAGUAGCAUUGUGUGGACUGGGCUGCUCACCCGGCCUCCCCGCGGCACAUCUGUACACCUCUGCCUAUAGCUACAGGCUGUUCCACCUCUCCUGAAAGAGAGGUUGUGCAAUAAAAAGACUUUUUCCUGCUUUUUGUGGAACAAACCUGAAGUGUAGCUGCACUUUGCUGUCUUUUUAUUUCCUGCAAAAUGUUUUGCAUAGAGACAGACAUACAAGAACCUCUUGUUCAUUGCCAAAUCGAGCUGAACAGAUGGCCGGUGAUGUCAUAUGUACUAAUGGAAUAUUGAUUUGGUCCUGUGCAUGCGAUUGUGUUUCCUGAACAUCACAUUAAAUUUAUCAUCGCCUUUGUGAA